CCGUAUUGUUAAUGUCCGGACCAAUUUCCCUCGCAAUCACGUGUUUACAUCUUUCAAAAAUGCUCUGAACCAAACUGAACUUCUCUUCCUUUCUCUCUGGUGUUAAACCCUAGCAAGAUUUUUGGCAAUCUCUACUCAUGGUUGUCAUCCAUCAUUGUGUAACCCAUCAGUCUACCCAUAAGUUCUCUGCAAUAGAAGAUUCAUCAGAAGUUUGCACUCUCAAGUUUUCGCACUGUGUGGAGUUGGAAUCGUGUCUAGGGUUUCUGCAACGCGAGAGCUUUUCGACGACCAUUUACAUAUCAGUUGGUACUCUAAGAAUGACAUCAUUGCUCUGGUGUUGGUUUGCAUUCAAGGGACAAGUGGGCAGCACAAAGACGACUGACAACAGCCCAACAGCGACCAAGUACUGCAAUUUUAAUGGAAAUCUUUUUCGUCAGAACAAACGGAGUGUUGUUUAUACGGUUCGAUCAAGUACUGAGUCCAUGCUGUUUUAUCGUGAUAAAAUCAUCUUAGAAGUUAUGUUUUAA